CUCAGAAAUACCACCCAUCCACUGUGCGGAGACCCAGGCGUCAACCGGGAAGCCGGAGAAGAACCUGAUCGACGUUAACUUAGCCGCCCAGCUGUGCGCGAGAGGCGCUCGCUAAAAUUGCUGCUGUCGACCCCUGUCAAGCUUCGACGCCGCCUGGCCUGACCCCUGAUUCCUCCGUCAAGAAAAAUGGAUCGAUGGCCACCGUGGCGGCUGCGAGGCGGCCAUACUAUCCCAUCACCGUUGUUCUAGUCGUCGCGAUGUUGAUGAAGCCCCGUGCCUUCAUCUCUCGGCGCCCUCAUUAUGAUCGUUUGGCCCUUCCGCCUCAAUUUUUCUUAUUCCGCGGUCGACGGGUUGGCCGGCGCCGCUGAUGGGGGCCCAGCUGACCUAACAGCCCCGCAAUCAAGGUGUUUGCCCAGCAUGAGCGAUGUGCUGUCGUCCCGGAGGGUGCGGGUGUGGCUACCGGUGGCAGUAAUCUUGACUAUUCUUUUCGCCUUUGGAGCCCGUUACGAUGCCCUCCCAAGCGCGCCGACCGGAUGGAGCAAAGCGGGCAGUUCGGGCACACUGCCACCAUCCGGAGGCGGCGUGAGCCUGGCGACGGAACCCAACGUCGACUGGUCGCGCUUCGCAUAUACGCAGUAUGUGACCGACAGCCACUACCUGUGCAACUCUGUCAUGCUGUUCGAACGGCUGCAGCACGUUGGGAGCCGGGCCGAUCGUGUCAUGAUGUACCCAGCGCCUAUGCUGGAGAACCCGGACGCGACAGACGGUGGCUCAAGCGACGACGCUCGCUUGUUGAUCAAGGCUCGCGACGAGUACGGCGCAAAGCUAGUGCCCAUCACGGUACAGCGGCGGGCAAGCGCCGACAAGACCUGGGCAGAGUCAUAUACGAAACUCCUCGCCUUCAACCAGACGCAGUACGAUCGCGUGCUCUCGCUCGACUCCGACUCCGUCCUCCUCCAAAAUAUGGACGAGCUAUUCCUGCUCCCCCCUUGCCCCGUGGCCAUGCCCCGAGCGUACUGGCUGUACCCUGAAACAAUGAUCCUCUCAUCGCAGGUCAUGCUGGUGACGCCCAGCGAGGUCGAAUUCGGUCAUGUCAUGGACAAGAUCAACCAAGCUGGCCGCGAUGACUAUGAUAUGGAGAUCGUCAACUACCUUUACAAAGACUCGGCCCUCGUCCUCCCGCAUAGACCCUACGACCUGUUGACAGGAGAGUUCACACUCGAUGAGGACAAGCACCGGUGGUACCUGGGCAGCGACACAGAAGAGUGGGACCCUGUCAAAGUGUUCAACGAGGCCAAGUUCCUGCAUUUUUCCGACUGGCCCGUGCCAAAACCCUGGCUAGGUAUGUCGGACAGCGUGAGACAGUCCAAACAGCCAAAAUGCCACGUGAAGGACGGCGUGGAAUCGUGUGCCGAACGGGAGAUUUGGCUCGGGAUUUAUCGAGAGUUUGUCGAGCGACGGAAGCGAGUGUGCGGGCGCGUUGCUGGUGAGCCACUGCGGCGGAGGCGAUUCUCGUCAUAGGUCUGGUCUGGUGGUUGAUCAGCGCUGCUGGUGCUAGUGGGUUGGCAUUCCUUGUCAUGAGUCGGGCGU